CCAAUUACUUGCAAAGAUGGAUGGAGUUCAACCGCUAGCUGUGCCUACUUUGGUCAUCGGACUUACAAACAAGAGAAGUCUGAUUGAACCAGGUAAGUGGAAAUCGAUUAGCAAAGAUCUAAAUUCAAAAUUUGAGAUGGUGGGCCUCACUUUCUCCGUUGCACUUCAUUUCGAUUUUUUCUGUUUUCUGAAGCGCUUUUGCGUCCGGGUCGAUUCGAAGUUCAAAUUGAAAUACCUCCACCACGAACAAACGAACAACGAUUCAGCAUUCUAAAGGUUCACACCCAACACAUGUUCACUGCAGGUAGGCUUCAGGUUAAUGAUCCACCACCGGAUAGUCCAGCUGCACAACAAAUAGAGGUAAGAUGAAGUCCCUCGGAUGGAUUUGAUUUCUUCAUUUAUGGCAAUCUCGCAGCGGAUUCUCACUUGUCAUUAUCUUCCUUUUUGAACAAUGCAGAACGCCGACACUUCAACGCUUUUGGCAUACGAAGACCUCUUGAUGAAGUUGGCAACUCUAACCGAUGAAUUUAGUGGCGCUGCCAUUGCAGGUGUAGCACGUGCCGCUGCUAGUCGCGCUUUGGAACGAGCAGUUAGUCAGUUCUCUGACGAGAUCGAAAGCCGAGAAACUUUAAGCAUUAUGGAUUGUCUUGUCACUCAAGAUGACUUCUACGAAGCAGUUAAUGAUGUUCGAGAAAGUAUGGGAACUCGCGACCACUCAGAAGACUAGGCUAAUGAAAGAUCGCAACCUGG